AUGGAUGCUCUGGCGAACUGCUACAAUCCAGUCCGGUUCGUCCUCCAACCGUCUGGGCUGUUGGUGCGGAAGAAUUGGCUUCAACUUUGUCCGCUCGAUCCGGCCAUCCGCGCCUCGCCCGUCGAAGCGCAUGACGAGCGCACCCUGGUCAACACGCAGCACGACGACGCGCCUGUGGCACCCUUCACGGCAUGCGCACAGGAAGAACAGGCCUUACUGUCCCCGCCGUUGCCGCUCGCACAUGACGCAGGUAUACAUAGAGAUAAGCUCUGCAUGCCCCUCCCAGAUACUGGCAAGAUACCGGUAGAAGAUGGCGCCGACCCAGAUCCGCCCUUCCUCGAGCUCAGAAAAGCCAGUUCUGCUGCCGGCGUACACGUCUUUUUUUCUCCCUUCCGUGGGCUGCUACCGUUAGCCGCUAUUGCCCGCCGUGGCCGCUCGGUCACCUACCACGGUUCUCGGAUGAGCGAGCCAUGCGUGGCACCUGCCCGACCCCCGCGAUUAGUCGUCGGACGGCGGACAGUGGGACGUGUACCCUUCGAGGCCCAGUGGGCUCGCCGCUGCCCGGACGACUCGGGGCCGGUGCUCUCAGACCCUGGCCCCACUCAGGAGCUGGUUUUGCUGACCACGCACCAAUCGCGCAACGGGGCAAGCGCCCAGUCCCGCCCUCAGGCCUCAGGUCUUCUAGCGGGCUCUCCAGAAAGGAUACUGGUAGAGGCCACGUCAGCGUAUGGACCUACGUGCCAGGUGCGCCCUCGCGCUGGCGAUUCUCAGGCGAUGCGCGCAUCCCCGGAUCCCUCGGGCGAGUUCCCGCCCCCGGAUCGGGGCACGGCAUACAUAGGGGCGGCCUCCACCCCCGAGUGGAUCCGCGACACGCGUGGGGCGGCCAGAUCUGUUCUCCCGCGGGGCACUGAGCCGGGAUCUGCGCAGAUUCGUGUACUCAUCGUCGUCCGCCUUUCGACCACCAGGCGCGCCGAGCCGGAGGUGGUCCACGCAGCCGCGUUCAUCUCGGGCAACGAAUAUGAACGAACACGAACAAGCGACGGGCGCGCCGAUACGGUACGCAUCUGGCGCAGACGCACACCUGCCCGGCAAUGGGCGGGUCGUGGUGGCGCCGGGCGCCAGAGCGUGCCGUGCGUGUGCACCGUGGACGGGACCCGGGGAGAGUCAGAGUACUCGAAGGACUCGCGCCAGCGCGGGUGCAGCAGCACUGCAGAUCGCGUGUUCUCAGCUCAGCUGGGUCGCCCCCUCCCCCUCGCCCGCGAGCGCUGGGACGCGCGAACCCUGCCCGAUCGAGCGUGUCCCUCGCAAAAGGCUGCCGGUGGUGCUCCUUCGGGCACCCCGGCGCUUGUGGGCGGAGAGAAGGGGCGAACGGAGACCGAAGUGCGGAGCGCAGUACGUACUGCCGUGCUGCGAGCGAGCGUGCCCGCGUCGAGCAGCCCGACAGCAGUAGCGCGCACGGUGCAGGAUCGCACCCGCGACGCGUACACGGCGGACGCAUAUAGGCACACCCGCGUUUCCCGGGGACUGGAACCCGCGCGGGGGCACAAAGACGAUCGGGGCGCGCUGGCGAAGAUCAGACCUUACGGCAGUGUCAAUGUCGACGACGCGACUCCGGCGCGGGCCAGUCGAGGGCGUGUGCAGGUCCUGGGCAAGCACUGCGUGCGUGCGUGCGUGCGCGCGUUGACCGAGCAGCGGAAGACGGGAUAUCCAGGGCGUAGAGAGAUGCAGAACACGCUCCUCGAUGCCCGGCAAGUCCCGCUCCCACCAGCGUGUCCGCCCCACCCAUCCUCAAGCCCUUCUCCCCCUCGCGAAGAUGCCGCAUUUGAAAUCGACGCCCGCCGUGGGGUGGAGGGGAAGGAGGGGGGGGGCACCUUCGCGCGGGCGAGGCUCCGCGGGUGUGGAGACAGCCAGCCCAGUUCCAAGAUUGAGUGCAUUGAUUCGAUGGCGACGAUUGGGCGGCCCGCGUCGAAUGCGCACCGAACACUGAAUGGCGCAGGGCCAGAGACGCCGCGUCUAUCUCGCCGUCUAGCCCCAGCGCACCCUGCAGACGAAGGCACCGGUGUGGGACGCACGCGUGGCGGCCAGGAAGCCGGACGGGGGAGAGGGAGGGGGAGAUACGACGGCCGCGCCUCCGCCCCGGUCCAGCGCUGUCUCAGCGAGCCAGGCCCUCGCCGCUCGCCUGGCGGGCAGCAGCGCACAGAGAAAUGGCCAUCAGAACGCACGCCCCUCGCCACUCUGCGCGGGUGCAGACGCACGUACGUACAUGGCUACGUACAUACCCCCCUGCAGAACGAUGUACCAGAACCGCUUACCCCGCGGUGCCCCGCAUUGCGUCGUCUGCGCGUGUGCAGGGGGGAGGGAGCUGACUCUGGUCACGCAGGCGGGCUGAUUCAACAGCGGACCAAAGUGCGCGCGCGGGGGGACCCACUGUCUUUCUAUGGCGGUGGGAGCGCACCUGCGUGUGCGCCAGGGCCAGUGCGCACGGACAACGGGGGGGAGAAGCGUUCAUGCGCACUCGCGGCUUCUGCAGUGUGUGCCGGCGUGUUUGCAUCUCGUUCUCUUCUUCUCUUCUUGCUCUUCUUGUUCUUGUUCGGACGGGGGACGCCAUAG